GCUUUUACUUUGAAACUCCCCGGAUAUGACGUCCCUCUUCCUCCCCGGUCACCGUUAAGUGUCUCAUCGGCUGUCUUUCGAUCAGAGAGUUUACAUUUCUAAAUAAAACAAGCAGCCCGGGAGGGAAUAUUGUCUUUAUUAUGUCUUUUAACAGUCUGUCCGACCCGAGGAGAAUAAAUAAGAUCAUACGGUACAAGGCCCCGAGCACAGACAGCAAUCCCACACUGGAGGACCCCACGCCCGACUACAUGAACCUGCUCGGCAUGAUCUUCAGCAUGUGUGGACUGAUGCUCAAGCUGAAGUGGUGCGCCUGGAUCGCGGUCUACUGCUCCUUCAUCAGCUUCGCUAACUCCAGAAGCUCCGAGGACACCAAACAGAUGAUGAGCAGCUUCAUGCUGUCCAUCUCGGCGGUCGUGAUGUCCUACCUGCAGAACCCUCAGCCGAUGUCGCCGCCGUGGUAACCCGAGUGGGGGGGGGGGGGGGGGAGGGGGAAAUCGCUGACGCUGAGCUGAUUGACCACGCCCCCUUCCUCCCUGGCCAAUCAACGAGUAACAAGACGGAGACGGAAGGAAAUCUAGUGUGAUGGAAAGGAGACGGUAAAGAGGACACUACUUCAAGACGGAGACAUCGGGCGGUCUUUGACUGCCGUCUCGUGUUUUAUUUUCUCUUUUCAACCUUUUUCUACUUUUUUUUUUUUUUUUUGAUGAAAACUUCAGAAUUCUGUUGCAGGACGUCAUAAAUAAAGUUGUAAGAUUUUU